CAGUGUUGCUAGUACAGCGAGUGUCGCUGCACACACUAACCAGGAAGUCAACAAAGUUGAAAUUUAAUACCAGCGUGACUUUAACGUCCACAAACGGUGAACCGACGGGAUGAGUUCUGCUGCCCCUCCGACGAUUGGGGAGUUAUUCCUCAUUCUCGGUGAGAUGGGCUUCUCAGAGGAACAGAUCCAGGCGGCUGUACAGGCGGGGCAUUUUUCUGUGUCGGAUGCAGCUGAGUGGCUCUUGCAGGGUCAGUAUCCACGGCACAAGUUGGUCAAGCGGUCAUCACAGCCGGCGGAGACGGCGAUUUCUGCUUUCAACCUACCCAAAGAUGCCGCAAGCACUUCAGAGCAUACAUCUCCCUCUGACAGCAGAGCAUCCCCUUCAGGGAUGCUGAUACCAUCACAGUCGGGCAACCUGUCUCCAGAACCACUACCAGUCGAGUCUCGCAUCAAAGAGGACAAGAGCGACUUUGAAGAGCAGCAGAGACACCGCAUUGCACAGGAGGUCAGAACGGAGAGAAGGCAAAAGAAACAGGAGCGUGAGUCCGUGUUGAAGCGGAUCGCUGAGGAUCGGAGGAGUUUGCAGCAGAAGACCCAGACCAGCGCUGCCACAGAGACGUCUCCUCCCAGUGAUCAAGGGCAGAAGCUUGGAGGAAAGAUUGCGACUAAUGUGGAUAACAACUGCGUCCUAAUGAUUCGGCUCCCAUCUGGCGAGUCCAUGCGCGAGCGCUUCCCAGCCGACGCUCCUCUCCGCAGCGUCGUGGAGCACAUCGCCGGGCGCCACCCCUCCCUACCCGCCUUUUCUCUCCUGCAGGGUUUCCCACGGAAACGCUUUGGCGAGGCAGAGCUUGCUUGUUCGCUGCACUCUCUCGGCCUCACUCCCAACGCUGCGCUGUGCAUUCAGACCACUCCUCCUGGGGCCCCUCAGGACCCACCGAGUCCUGCCGAUGAGCCCUCUCCUUGUGAUGUGUGUCCUCAGCCACAGAUCCCGGUCCUGGCGGGGGCGGGAGGACCGGACCUUGUUCUCCCUCCUCCGCUACCCAACGAGCUGUGGGAAGAGGCAGUGAAUUAUGCAGGACUUCCUGGAGGCGGUCCUUCUCUUACUGGGCCAUCUCACUUCUGGGGCCGAGGCAACAAGAUGGUGACUGCUGAGGAGGCUGUGGGCAUCGAAGUUGAUGAGCAACAAGGAGAAGAGGAAGAGCCGCCUUACAUUCUUAACGGAAUGCCGCCGCUGCCUUUCUUUCCGGAUAAUAGGAUUCGUGUACACUUUGGGCCCCGGCACCACUGGCCAGAGCAAGGCAAUCGCCUCAGGGAGGGUGCACAGGAGGAGCCGGCAGAGCCAGAGGACGUUGGCGAUCAGGAGGCUCCCGGAGCUGCAGGCCAGGCCGCGGUGGAGCGUCUUCAAAGAGCUGCGCAGCAAGAAGACCCUCGUGCCUCCCAGGGACAACCGUCGCCCCCUAAAAAACCCUACAGGGCACCCAGCGUGCCGUCCCUUUGUGCCUUGGCGACCCGCGCAACUGUCCACCUCAUGUCUGCUCCCAGCAUGCAGUACAGCAGCAGUCUGGCGUGCCUCACCCCGGAGCUCGCGGAGCUGCUGCUCAACCACAUGUCCCGUGAGAGGCUCCUGCGCCCACGCACCUUGGAGCUCUUCUUCGGCUGCCCCUUGCAGAAGUUUGUCCUAAACUGCUACCCUUACGCCACCAACGAGCUCCUGCGGCAGUUACGGGUCUUCAUAACCCUGAAGCACCUGAGUCUGGUCAACUCGCCUCUCAUCACUGACUCUGGGCUGUCCAUCGUCUCCGGCCUGCUCAAACUCCAGCACCUCAACCUGGCCUCCUGUAGCAAGCUGACCGACUCCUGUCUGCAGCACAUCAAAGGUUUAAAGAGCCUGUGCUUCCUGUCCCUGGACCACACCAAAGUGACGGACACUGGGAUGGUGUUAUAUCUCCAGUCGGCUCCAUCCAGUCUCUCUCAGCUCAGCUUGAACCAAACGGCUGUGUCUGAAGCCACGCUGGCAGUCCUGCCCACCUGUGUGCCAAAACUGAGGCUCCUCAGCAUCAAGCAGACGAAGGUCAGUGACGUGUCGGCCUUGGCCGGGCUGUCCAGCCUGCAGACUCUCAACCUGGACGGGACGUGCGUGACCGAAGGCUCUCUGGAGCACCUCGCCACACACCCGGGCCUGAUGUCCCUCAGUUUGGCCGGAAUCCCCGUAGCGGAUGGCGAUCACGCGCUGCAGAUAAUCUCCGGUAUAAAGUUGUCUCAGCUGACCCUGCCUGGACGCCACUCGGUGACAAACAGAGGGCUGUCCUUCCUCUCUCGGCUGUCUCUGCUCUUAGAGCUGGACCUGACUGACUACACGCAGGUCACGGACCAGGGAGUCCGCCAGCUCUCCACCAUGAGCAGGUUGAAGAAGCUGUCGCUAAGCAACACACAGGUGACCGACGCGGGGCUUCCCUCGCUGCGCGGCCUGCAGGAGCUGCAGGAGCUCUGUUUGGACCGGACGGCGGUCACCAGCCGCGGAGUGGCCGAACUCGUCACCUGUCUGCCGCACCUGCAGGUACUGGGGUUAGCCAGCACUCAGGUGGGAGACACAGUCGUGAGGAGAGGCCUGAUCCGCUGCAAUCAACUCGUGAAGCUCAAUCUCAGCCGCACACGGAUCACCGACCACGGUCUAAAGUUCUUGAAAACCAUGCGUCUGGCUCAGGUGAACCUGGACGGCACCGGCGUGAGUCCGAUGGGUAUUGCGAGCCUGCUCUCCUUCAUCAGCAGCAUUCGGGCCAGCAACACUCGCAGCGUUCCCGCCGACGAGGUGUCGGACGAGGAGUGGGAAGCCCAGUGAGCGGCGACGCCUCGGGGCCGGUCCACGCGUACCGGACCCGAGAACGUCUGCUGCGGUUCCCCCUUUUUUUUAUUCCCGGAAAAACGUGCGGCCAUCUGGAUUGACUGAAGCUCCCAUUUGUUUCAACCGCAGCAGCUCGUGCCGCUAACUAGUCACGCGCUACCAAGUCGGAACCGUAAACGAGAGCCUGGUGUUUAUAAACUCGCCCAUUAAUAACGUUUACACAUAGAGAAGCAAUCUGCAUUUAUUUGCGUACACUGCAGCCCUUUUUGUUUCUGGAAAAAAAAGUCCACGUGACAAACGUUAAAGCUUUAUGCGCUGCCUUAUAGGUUGGCCCUUUUCUCAGCCGACUGGCAGGAACAUAUUACAUGUUGGAUAUGUCACAUAUAACACGGCAUGUAUUCUCAGACUAUCGGCCUGAUGUGUUUCAAAUUAAAACCUGAAUAACAAAUUCAACUAAAUCUUUUUUUUGAAGGAUGUGAAGUCAGAUGACUUCCGGUAAACAUUCUGUCACGUGGUUUAAAAACUAACAUUUAAUCUUUAGCUGUAUUCACGUGAUGUCGGAUUUAUUAGAAUACAUUUCUAAAUAGAAUUGAGUUAAAAAAAAAAUGUUGGGUGUGUGAAUUGGCCCAGUACAUGCAGGAAACACUGCACGCCAAUUAAGAAAGCAGUAUUAUAGAGUUAGUGACACCAUGAGACAAAUUUUUGCUCAGUUUCUCAUUUUAGUAUAUUUUAUCAAGAAAGUGAAAACUUUAACCAUCCUGUUCGAUGCGUAGAUCAAUUAUUACAUACUUGGUUGAAGUAGGCAUUGUUAUUCUGGUUAUUAGUUAAAACAAGAAAUGUUUCCUGUUUAAAGAAGUUGAUCAGCAAUUAAGUGGUGAUUUAAGUUUCUUGUUGAAACUGAAGUAUGUCAUGUGAAAUGAGGACAUGGAAAAAGUAAAUUAAAAUGAGAAACUGGACAUGUAUUUGUCCUGGUAGCAGUUUGGCCUUACUUCUGUUUCUUUGACAUAUUUCCUGUCUGGCAAACGCAGCGUUCCUGUAAGAGCUCAUAAUGAAGAGCUCAGCACUUGCGACGUCACCUUUAUGGAUGUCAGUUUCAAGCAAUCCACAGAUCAGUUUAGACUUUGGCGCAUUGGGUUCAGUUGACAUUUUAAGAAUGGCUUGUGCGUUAGUUAUGCGACUUUUUAACAGCCAGCUUCAGGUUCCUGGAAGACUGGCUGAGCAGUGUUCAGUAGACUGGAAGAUGAAGUAGGAUCUAUGCAGCCACGGGGCUCAUAAGCCAGAAUCCAAAGCAACUUUUACUCAUGUCAAGUUUUGUCCUCUUGUUUAGAUGUAAAAUAGUUUAUUUUCCCUAAAGGCUUUUGAUUUUUGGAUACGAGCACUGUAUUCGUUAAGUGUAAGAUGAAUAAUAAAAGUCUUUGGAAUCUAAA